AUGGAAGCAUCAGAAAUAUGUGCAACUCUACCCAAACUGGAUCGUUACAAGCAUUUAUACAAGAAUUAUGGUCAGCUUGCUCAAGCAAAUGACUUAUUCGAAUGGGCAUUUCUAACUGCGCGAGCACUGGAAAACAAGUAUGAAGAGCUGUUUGUUGGUGUUCGCUACAGGAAAAACAUCGGUUUUGAGCGGAUAGACAAGUUACGCGUACGUUUGGCGCCUUGGGGUAUCGAUGAACCAAGCUUGCAAAAUGGUGAUUGUGUGGUGCUGAAAAUUGGCAAAGAUGAAGAACCGAUGACCGAGAUACCGCAUCGGGUGCGAUGUCCAGAGGGGAAGGAGGACUGGAUCCUCGGGAAGACGCACUGUUAUUAUUUAGUUAGCAAUGUCUCAAUGAUCAGCUCCGGCUACAAGGCAGAUCACGACUGCUUCAAGGUAGACAGUUAA